AUGUAUCGAGCUUGGGGCACCUCCAGCAAUACCGACUAUCAAGACGAAGCACACCUCUGGGAAGCUCCUUAUCAAGUCGGUUUCAACUGCCGCCGCACUGUUAGUGCCGUAUUCGCCGUUUGGAAGCAUGGGUCAAAGGGCUCAAAUGAGAACAAGGACUGGCUGCGGGAUGAACGUCGGGCUGAACGAGCCCUGAAGUAG